CGACGAAGCGCCGAAGAUCCGCCGAAGCUGAUACGCUAAAGCUGCGCCGAAGCUGAUACGCUUAAGCUGCGACGAAGCAUCGAGGAAUUUGAAGAACUGAAGCGAAUCGCGCCGCGUAGAGCAGGCGCGGAAGAUGGCGUCAGCAAACCCCAGCCGUCUUAUGCCAUCAGAACUCAUUGACAGAUGCGUCGGGUCCAAGAUCUGGGUCAUCAUGAAGGGAGACAAAGAGCUAGUUGGCACGCUUCGAGGUUUCGAUGCCUACGUCAAUAUGGUUCUUGAAGACGUCACCGAAUAUGAAAUCACACAAGAGGGAAGGCGGAUUACUCUCCUAGAUACCAUCUUGCUGAAUGGAAAUAACAUCGCCAUACUUGUUCCUGGUGGUGGGCCAGAAUGAGCAUGGUACAGCUUAGGGAGGGAGGGGGAUGACGGUGGUGAUUGGUCAAUCGUCUCCUGCUGAACAUUGGAUAGUGUGAAGAAACGGUGGGAAGGCUUGGGAAAGGGGUGGGCCGGUGGUGGGGUAGUCGGUCAAUCACCUUUAGCUGCACAUUGGAUAAUGUGAUGAGAAGAGGAGGUAGGGGGACAGGAGCGAUUGGGUCAUAAGACGAAGCUGAUGCGUGAGUAGAACCACGGACGGUGCAACUUGCGUUAUGGCUAUCACCUCUCGCAGCAUAAGAAGGAGGGUUGUUGACAGGCUGCUGCCAUUACUGCUUCGAAGCCAUGCAAAAAGACUUGGUGCAGGCGAUGGCAGUCAAUUGUGCGGCUGCUCGGGAGAGCCUUGCGAGAAUGCUCAGAGAAGUUCGAAUGGUUUAGGGUUUUAUGUCAGGAUAGCUCCUCUUCACUGCGCCACACCGGUGUGCGGCAAGGCUGAUGAUGGCGCCGUACCCAUCGGUGACAAAGAUGACGAUGAUGGCACCAUGCGAUCGCGAUCGGCAGUGGAGCAGAAACGGGAAGCAGCAGAAGCAGGCACAACAGCAGAGAGAGAAGAAGAAACAAUGACUUUCAUGAAGGCCUCGAAGAUCCUUUUCUCUCCUCCAAAGGUUAAAAAGCGCCUUGGGCUGGAUUUUCAGAUAUGGCAGUUUUUAAUGGCGCUUCUUCCGCCAACGGCAGUGUUCCUUGUUGCACAACUGGUCCGAGCGGAUAUCAGGAGAUGGGAGAGGGAGAUCGAAGAGCAGGAACAGGCAAGUCUCGCGGUGGGAGAGCAGGAGGGAAAUACGGAGGGCAGCGGUAAGACGCUUUCAGGGGGAGGAGGCCGGCCGGUAGUCGUUCACGAAGCGGCAAAGGUGGCAGGUCGGGACCUGGUCAGCGUGCAAAGCGAGGUGAUUGGUCUGCGAGAGCGGAUCCAACUACUGGAGGAGAAGUUGAAAUCAAUGGAGGGAGCGGCCGACAAUCAGGGAGGACAAACACGUGCUGGGCAAGGACGGAUUGCAUCGCAAGAAAGCAAGCAGCAGACCCUCCUCCCCCAGAAUCACCAUCAUCAAAGCAAUCGGUCUGAUAAUUCCAACCCACAAUCAGACAGCGGGAAGGGUCAGCUGUCGAUUAGCACUGAGCCCAAGCUUGACAGAUUGAAGCCGAGUAUCCCAGUAGGACUUCCAGGAGGGGGAGGAGGAGGAGGAGGAGUGGGAGGAGGAGAACGAGAAAGAAGAGGGGGAUAAUGGUGGUGGAAGCAUCAGCCGUGGCAGGGGCCGGCAAUUUGUCCACACACACACUUUGAAGCAUUCCUGUCACUUAAGAUAGCCGAAAGAAGAAUGGUACGGACGUCUUACUUGCUCCUGGAUAAUGAGUCACAUGCUCAGGAUCUCCUGAGGUCGUGAACAUGAACAUGUGACUCAUUAAUCAGGAGCAAGUGACACGUCUGUACCCAAUGCGAUGAUUGGCUACUAUUCUGUUACUCGAAUUAACAGAAAUUUGACCCGAUCCCUCCUGCCCCCCUACCUCCUCUUCUCACUGUAUUAUCCGAUGUUACGAUUGAUUACCAUUCCGCGACUCGAAUUUGUAAGUUGCUUGGUGUUUUAGUCCCUUGCAGCGGGCUCUGUAUUUCUGGAUUGCCUUUCCCAA